AUGCCGGAGCCUGGUAGCCCCAACAGUGGCUGGAAGCCGAAGGUCCGACGCCACUCGCCCACGCCCCAAGUCCUGGGCCAAUAUUCUCACAUCUUCACCUGCACCGAUCCGGAGGCCAAUGAGCAGGCUACUCCACCACCGACUGGGAAUCCAUCCGCAGACGUUAUUGGGCACUUGCUGGGAGACUUUGGGCUCUGGCAACUGCGCACGCUGCUCAUCCUGUUCCUCUGCAAGAUACCCGCCGCCUGGUUCAUGGCCAGCAUCCUGUUCACGGCCCCCGACAUCUAUCCGGAGGAGGAGUACAGCUGCGACACGAGUUCCUUCGAUGCCGUGGCCAACAGCUCUGUCUCCCUGGACCAUUGCCACGUGAUGGUCCACUACGGAGACUCCGGCUAUGCCAGCAUGCACCGCUGCCACCAGUUCCACUACAGCCCUCUGAGCUUCCACUCCCUCAUCGUUGAGUUCGAUUUGGCCUGCCUGAGCGACAUCUUUGUGGCCUGGUCGCAGUACUGGCAUCUCUUUGGCUUCUUCAUGGGUGGCGUGGUGGCCACCAAACUGCUGCCGGUCCUGAGUCCACGCCAGAUCUACGUGACGGGCAUCUGGUCGCUCCUCGGAUGUGGCCUGAUCACGUGCCUGGUCAAUGAUUUCAGUCUGCACUGCGCCCUGCGCUGUCUGGCGGCUAUUGCCUGCUCCUUCAUGGUCACCUCGGGAGAGGUUAUAUUCAGCGACAUCACAGCGGGCAAGCAUCGUUUGGCCGCACUGCUCCUCUACGAUUCCUUCUGGGCCCUGGGGCUGAUCCUCCUGCCCGGGAUGGCCUCUUUUGCGCACAGCUGGCGGCAUAUUUACUUGGAGAUUACCCUGCCCCUGCUGGUGAUAGUCUUCCUGCUGCCAUGGACCCCCGAUUCCCCGCGUUGGGUGCUCCAGCACGCAAAGGAUUCCCAGUUAGCCGUCGAUGGGACUGUGGAGCUGGUUCUCGAGGCAGCCCGCAUCAAUGGUCACUGGUUCAACGUCCCCAAGGACCUGCCCCAACAGUUGGCGCUCCUCAGGGAGAAGAUGCUGGCGCAGCCUUCGCCAGUCUGCUGGCUGGACCUCUGGCGAGGGCACAGACGAGCCACAAUCCACCUGGUGGCUGUGCACAUGGCUUUGGCUGCAUUUCUCGUGGUUCAUGUGGGUCUGCUGCUCAACAUUCGAUCCUUUGGCCGGGAGCACCUGCUACUAAACACUAUGACCCUGGGCGUGGCGGAGAUUUUGGGCUGCUUUUUGGCCAUGUACCUGACCUUCCAUCACUGCCCCCGCAAGUGGCAAUGGGCUGGAGGUCUCUGCAUCUUCGGAGGUGGCAUUGGGUGCCUCUGCUGGUUCCUGAAUGGUGAGGAUGUGCCCGAGGUGUACGAGAUCCCAUUGUGGUUGUUCUUCAGCACCCUGCCCAAGGCAGCCGUCUCCUGUGGCCAGUCCAUGAUCCUGGCCUGCAUGGAAGAGCUGGUGCCGCCAGAGCACCGAACGCAGUUUGCCUUCUCUGCUCUCACCUGGGCCAGGGUGUGGCAGCUCUCCGCCUCCCUUCUCCUCCUGCUGAGGGAGGUCGGCAAUAGCCUCUCCUUGACCGCCUUUUGCGUGCUGGUCAUCCUGGGUGGCCUUUGCACCUGUUGCCUGGCCACGCCGCAACAGGCACAAGAACUGGAGGGGGUUUCAGUGCAGAAGAAGAUAAAGCAACGUGCUGGAUACGGUUGCCAUAAUAUCAUUCUAUAA